AAAAAUAUUUUGAAAACGAAUUAAUUAUCUGCAAAUAAUAUGCCAUUUUUGAGUGUCUGUGCUGUAGAAGUCACUAGCGGUGUAAUAAUGUAAUUUCCUUAUCACUAGAUGGCUGUAGGUACAUAGCAUUGCACGUUAAAACAAGAGAAUAGACCUUUUUCACGACAACCGGCAGCUGCAUCUGAAAGGGCUGCGGCACUUCCUGUUUUGGCGACGGUAAUUCAAGUACCCUGAAAAACUUCUCUCCUCCUCCGGUCCUUUUCAUAAUCAUUACUUAAUUUCCCAGCACUUUCUUUCGCUGAUGCGGAGGAAAUUGCAGCGGCGAAUUCGCCCACCAACAAAUAUGUGAAAGGAAACAAGUUCUUCCACAAAGAAUAUAUCCACAGCUAUCAAGGGGAAACAUCCUGAACCUGUCAGCGACCUGGUGGUGUGGAAGCCCAAAACUAUGGGGAAAAGGAGACGCCUGAAGGAGCAAAACGCCUCGGAAGGUUUGAACCUGUUGAGGAGUCUGCUUUGCAAAACCUGCUGAAAUACGCACUUGCUGAAGAAGCCCAGAACCUGUGAAAGAUGGAUCCUGGCCAGGAGAAGGACCAGCAGGAUGAUCAGCUGGAAGCUCAUAGUGUAGCGCCCCCAGCAGAUGGAUCCCCAACGUUGGAGGAACAUCCAGACGACGGUAAGGAUUUUGGUAAGGUGUGGUCAGAUGUUUUCCCUCAGAUGUCUGACACCAUGGUUUCUGGAGGUCAUGGAAAGGAGUCUAGGUGUAGUUCCAGCUCCAGUGGUAGCUCCAGUCAAAAUGAGGUUGGUAAUAAGUGUACUAGCAGCUCCAGUGAGAACGAGAUAGGUAAUGAUUCUACUACCAGUUCCCGUCCGACAGUGGACCAUACUUACGCUGCAUCACAGCUGCUUGAGGUUCUUCCUCCAAAUUUUAAAAACCUAUGGGACAUUGAGAUGGCUCAGAAGCGUCAAGAGGGCAUUUCUCAAUUGGCCUCACUUGAACCCACACAUGGCCUUGACAAGCAGGAAGAGCCCAUUUCGAGUCCAGAUGACACCAGACCUAUUGGUAUCUCACAACGUCAUCAGGUAGGUUUGGUAGGGGAUGUGGCUCACGUGACAUCUGUUACCAGCUUAAACCAAAAGAGGUCAAAGGACAGCGACUCUGAAGAGGAGCCUCCUGUCAAGAAGACCAGGGACACCGUGGCUGAAGAGGAGCUCUCCUCCAAGAGGACCAGUGAGAGUGAUGGUGCUGAAGAGGAGUCCCCCUCCAAGAGGACCAGGACUUGCGAUGAUGAAGAGGAACCUGUCCUCUGUCCCUCACAAGGGACGGUGCAUGAGGAUUCUUUUCAGUCAUCUCCUGUCUCCAAUCCCUCCCCCAUGACAUUCUGGCUGGAUCACUUUUAUUCACCCUUCAGCAUUUCACCUGAGAGUACAUCUGAGGAUCCCAUUCUGUCCUCCCCUGUCUUCAGUCCCUUACCCAGAUUGACACGUGAAGGUCCCAUUGUGUCAGUUCAUGCCAUCAGUCCCCCAGUCAGUGAAGAUUCUGUCUUCAGUCGUCCACCAAGCACAGAGUAUGAGGAUCCCAUUGUGUCUUCCCCUGUCGUUAGUCCUUCACUAUCCACAUACUGCAAAAUUCCAAGUAUGUCAUUCCCUUGCAUAUGUGUGUGGAUGAAGUCUCAAAUGGACAAAGAAGAGGAACCAAGACCUUCAACAUCUGGAAUUGGAUCUGACAGAAUUAGAGAAAGAGUGACUUCCAGACAAGUGUGGUUUAGACCUCACUACGACUUGUCAAGUGAUUCUGAUUAGACUGGGAUCUUGAAACGCUGAAGACCUUCCUGAGAAGUCCCGUUAAGAUAUCAUCAUUUCUCUGUUGGUUUUGUUAAAGCCAAUGGUUUCUAGCAGGACUGAGGAAGCCUGAGGUAGCGUCUUGCACCGCGGCUUUUCUUUUACCCACUGCUAGAUUUUUCAUUUUAGAUGUUCAGGAUUCUAAUCGCGGUGCUCUCUGAUAUAGUAAUUAGAGAGCACCGCCUGUUCCUCCAUUAAUCCACUCUCCCAGAUUUAAUCUUUCAGGUUUUAGCUGCUCAUCGCUGGAUUCUUUCCUGGUUCUCCAUGUGGUUCCUGUCCUCGUGAUUCCUGCUUGUUGGAUCUCCUGAACCUGCAAUCCUCCACCUUCAGCACCACCAGUCAGGUGGAGGAAGAUAAGAGAACCCAGUUGACGAAAAAAGUAAGAACAUUUCUAUCUACACAACAUAACUAAACAUUUCAGAUGGAGCUGUGUAGAGUUGAGCUAAAAAUUUGAAUCUGGUUCUGUCUGCUGUCCAUGAUUAUUUUCUUCUUUAACUCUGUUGUCUUUUCUCUUUAUUUCAUUUCUCCGUCAACUCAUGUCACAUGACUUGAGUUGAGCAACAAUUGAAGCAGAAGACCUGCUCCACCUGCUGUUCUACUGGUUGUAACAGAUUGUGGAAAAGGCGAGGACAUGAUGAUGACUUGAUCAAAAAGUCUCCUUCAAUCAUCUGUUAUUUAGACUGAAUGUGUGUCUGAUUAUGUAUUGAUUCUCCAGCAUCUCAUGUUAAAGUUCACCUGUUCAUGGGUCAGACGUUGAAUAUUAAAGAUUUUAAGAAACAUUAUUGAAAACCCAGCACUAGUUUCUGGUCCCAGAUUCAGAUUGUGCAGACCAAUAAUGUCUCUGAUCAUCCCAGGUUGGAUCUCCUGAACCUGCAAUCCUCCACCUUCAGCACCACCAGUCAGGUGGAGGAAGAUAAGAGAACCCAGUUGACGAAAAAUUCCUUUCAUAACAGCAGACCUUUGAUGAGCUUUGUGCUGAUGGAAGGAGGAUCAGGAAUAGAGCAGAGGACCUGCUGAUCUACUGGUUCUAGUAGAUUCUAUAAAUGCAUGACUGAAACAAGUCAACAGCGCUGGACCAAUGAGGAGAGAGAAGACACAGAGGACUGAGGAGACACAGGAAAUCCUGCUGGACAUCAAGAGACGUUUCCUGAUGCAUCAGAGGGAACAGCUGAAGAUGGACGCACAACAAAGAGACAGAGAUCAUGUGAAGUGGAUCCUCAUCAGCCUGGAAUCCUCCACCUUCAGCACCACCAGUCAGGUGGAGGAAGAUCAGAGAACCCAGUCGACGAAAAAAGACAGAACUUUUAAAUCUGUAAUCCUCAGAGAAGUUUCCUGAUGCAUCAGGACUGGGUGUCCUUUUGUUCUGCAGUGUUUUAAAAUCAACAUAUUCCCUCAUGUACAUUUCUGAAAUUAUUUCAUCAACCAUAAUUGGAGAAAUUAAUUAUCAUUGUUGUUUGCAUCUCUUUUUAUCAUCAAUGUACACUACAGAUGAAUUGUUUAAAUAAAAUUGUUUGAAUUAAUGUUUUUGUAAAUAUAUUUUAUAAAAAAAAUGGUAGAAAUAGAGGUUACGGUAGGGGGUGCUAUAGCGCCCUCUGGAUUAGACAUGCCAAUCCUUCAGCUCCCCACGCCCCGAAGUUAGGGUGUUUAUUUAUUUGUUUAUUUAUUUCGAUUUAAUAAGUACAAGUUGAUAGUCAAGUAUUAUGAACGGUGUAAUGCAUAAAUGAAAAAUAAAAAAUCAGAAAAUUGGAAA